CAGAUCUUGUCUAAACAAACCAUCACUCGUGACCUGUGAGAGUCCUCCAUCUCUGAGGGGGAGACCUGUGUGGAAUGUGUCUGUGUGUGUGACUCCUCCCACAUCAACACCACCAACAGAGACACAAACUGUCCCACCUAAACCCACUCACAUCCACCCAACAUCCACCGUGACACCUCCAUCAUCAGAGACAAAAACCUCUGACCCUCCUGGACCAACUCACCUCACUCAGACCGUCACAACACUAACUUCAGAGACCGGGAUGUUUGCAACUCAUUGGACACCUUCUCCAUCAGUGACAGAGGUGUCAGUCUCUAUCGAUCCUAAACCCUCUGAUCCACCCAGACCUGUGUCCACACCCACUGUGACAGAGAUCAGUGACCAUCCUACACCCUCUGACCCACCCAGGACUUCACCUCCCCCCACUGGAGAGACUGCUGUUCCUGACACAUGUGCAACAUUACAACUAUCAUCGGGCACAAAUAUUGUCUGCACACUCGUUGCUGUGAUAGCGGUCCUGGCCUCUCUUCUGUUUGUGGUGUGUUUCCUGGUGGUGCACAGAAGGAAUCGCAGCAACAAAACUGUGACACCCGGGAAAGAGGGAAGAGAUGAGGCUGGAGAAACCAGCAGCAGAUCGAGCCAGUCUCUGGAUCAGACUGAAAAGACAAGACACAAUGAAAACGAUCAUUCUGACACCGAGGCAGGAUGGAGGAGAGCCUUUAAUGGAGUCAGAGCUAAGUCGGCUAACGCUAUUCUCUCUACGUUGCCUUUUUGUGCACCUGUGAAAGAUCAGGUGACUUUUCAAAGUGAGACAAAGGCUCCAAAACCAGGAGAUGAAACUGAAUUAGAUGAAGAAACAGGGACAGGAAAUCCAACAAAGAAAACUGAAGGAAAUGCUGAAAAAGACGUUGAUGAAAACCCUCUCUGUAGUUCUCCACAUGCUGACACUGUUCCUUAUCUGAGCAUCGGUGCAAACCAGAAUGAGACCAGUCCAGGGGAUUCAGACAAACAGUCUAAAGAUAGUCAGAAUGAAAGAUCAGUGAUGGAUAAAGUUAUGAGCAGAAUCUCCACCUGGCCCCUGACUGCGAUGCAAUGGCAAACGAGAUGUAAAAUGACAGAAGAAGAGGAAGAAAAGGUGACUGAAGUCUUCACAGUCCUGACACCAGAGCUCCAGGGUGACUUGAAGAAAGACUUCCACAAAGUGAAGCAUCCAUUGGACUCUGGAGAGGCCAAAACAGAAGAAGGAAGUGGGAAAAAUCCACAAGAUGAGUGCUUAACAAUGAAUCCAGCUCACAUGAAUCUGUGCAGCCCUCAGUCCUCCAAACCAAAGGUAAAUGCAACUUUUCAGAGGCCAAAGAAAGAAGACAAAAUCCAGGACCAACACACUAACCCGGGUUUGUAUAAAGAUAAAGCUGGGCGGAGUAAAGACCUAAAACCUGCAGAGAGGAGCACAAAGAAGAGCAGCAGAGGCAGCAACAAGGCAGAGCAGAGGAACGAGUCAAAGCGAGCUGAGACCAGUGGACAGAGGGAGGCAAACAGAAGCUCACAGGCGCCCUCCGGUGGUGCGUCUCCAGAUGAUGAAACUCUGCUGUCUGGAAACGAGUACGCCUUCAUGGACCUGCUGCACGAGGUGGUGCAGAACAACGGGCGCUGGACCAGAGAUAGGUGGAGGCAGACACACGGAAACAAGCAGAGGCGUUAGGAAAGAGUUUCAAGUGGUGUACACGUAUAACAUGAAACCGUUUAGUUUAGUCACUCAGUGGAUCACAGAUGUGUACCUGUAAAAACGUCCAUGAUAAUCCAUCAUAAAACUAACUACAUUAUUUUUUUUUUUGACACUUUGCAAGAUUAUUUUAAUUUGCUUUCUUAGCUAGAGUAAAACACAGAGAUUAUUACCUCUAAUUAGAGCAAAAUUAGAAAUCAGACAGUCUCAAUCAUGUCUUUCACUAACUUCACAAUGGUUCCUACAUUUCCCACAAUGCAACACAACGUCUUGCAGUAGAUUUCCUUCUUGUCUCUCAGUGCUGCAUCCAUGCCAGAGACUGCAGUCAUGAUUCAUACUUGUGUCAGGAGGUGUGUGCUGUGCUGUUACUCUGUGUUGCAGUAUUAUGAUAAGCAAGUCAAUUCCCCUGUGUGUUUGCGGCUACAUAAAUCUGAGGUUUCAACUCAAUGGUCUUCAGUAGCUGAUGUUUGCAGAGAAAAAGGGAGCACACCUAUUCACUAGUAUGUUCAGAACAUUUGUUUAUUCGGCCUGUUUAAUGUUUGACCACACUGACUGUCACAGUGCUAAUUUUCAGUGGAGCAAUGGUGACAACAGUGAGGAAAGAAAACGCAUUGUUGUAUAGAGGAGAGGAGAGGAGCACCACACACACCUGUGCUGCCUGAUGAAAUGAUUCAUAUAAAUAGGAGCAGAGUCCGUCUCUCUGCUUCCUCUCAUACUCUUCAGACUUCCACCGCUCUGUGUGUCUAAAGUGAGUUAUUGUUCGAGGUUCAGUUUGAAGAUCAUCCUUGUUGUUAAUCCCAUUUAUUUGAUUGUCUCUGAUUUGUUUAUGAUGAUGGAAAAA